CUCCUACUGCUACAUGAUGCGCGUACGCACACACACAAUACGCACUGUUUGGCUCUGCGAAAUCCGAACCUGUUUGUAUUUUUUGUACUUUUUCGCCUCCCUUUCUCGCUCCACCACCAUCGCCCUCCUCGUCUCCUUCCCUUCCCUCCAUCGAUCUUUUCGGCUUGGCAUGCUUUUGACCUCCUCCCCCUCCAGAUUAGGGUUUUUGCUGUCCAAAAACUCCACACACCACCACCCCUCACUUGCCCAACCCUACCUCCAAUAUCGACCCCUUUUCUUCUUCCUCCCCCUCCAAUCGACUUAGGGUUUACAGAUCUGAACUCCCCUUCUAACCCAGCCACACUCGUACACACCCGUAUACCUUCACGAUGUUCUGGAAACUCCCGGUCCUUUCUUCUUCUUCUCCGGUUGAGUCAGUAUUAGACAAGGAAAAUUUCACAUUGGAGGAGCUUCUGGAUGAAGAGGAGAUUAUUCAAGAAUGCAAAGCUUUAAACAGCCGUCUCAUUAAUUUUUUGCGGGACAGAGCUCAGGUGGAGCAGUUACUGCGUUAUAUUGUCGAAGAACCUCCAGAGGAUGCCGAAAGCAAACGAGUCUUCAAGUUCCCCUUCAUUGCCUGUGAGGUAUUUACAUGCGAAAUCGAUGUUAUCUUCAAGACUUUGGUUGAGGAAGAGGAGCUAAUGAAUCUGCUCUUCUCCUUCUUGGAACCAAACCGCCCACAUAGUGCCUUGCUAGCUGGGUAUUUUGGCAAGGUUGUUAUAUGCCUCAUGGUACGGAAGACGAUCCCACUUAUGAAUUAUGUUCAAGGCCAUCAGGAUGUUUUCCGCCAGUUGGUUGAUUUGAUUGGUAUCACUUCCAUUAUGGAGGUUUUGAUUCGACUUGUGGGGGCUGAAGACCAUAUUUAUCCCAAUUCUCUGGAUGUGCAGCAGUGGUUGGCGGAUAGCAAUUUACUAGAAAUGAUUGUGGAUAAACUAUGCCCACCUAGUCCUCCCGAAGUCCAUUCUAAUGCAGCCGAGACUUUAUGUGCCAUAACUCGUAAUGCCUCCUCAACUCUUGCUGCUAAACUUUCUAGCCCGAGUUUUGUUGCUAGGAUAUUUGGCCAUGCACUGGAAGACUCAAAUUCCAAUUCGGGCCUUGUCCACUCUUUAUCUGUGUGUAUUUCUUUGUUGGAUCCAAAAAGAUCUGUUCCUUCUCCGAUGCUUCAUUCCUUCCGAAGUCAACACAUGUACGAGUCACCCACACCUGUAAAUCCUGAGACUGUUGGUGCAAUGCUUCCCAAGCUUGGUGAUUUGUUGAUGCUAUUGAAUGUUUCAUCAGACGAGAAGAUCUUGCCUACAACAUACGGAGAAUUGAGGCCUCCUCUUGGGAAGCAUCGCCUAAAGAUUGUGGAGUUCAUUGCGGUGCUUCUAAAAACUGGCAAUGAAGUUGCCGAAAAGGAAUUGGUCACCUCUGGGACCAUUCAGAGAGUCCUUGAUCUCUUCUUUGAGUAUCCCUUCCAUAAUUCAUUGCACCAUCAUGUGGAGAGUAUUAUAAUUUCGUGCUUGGAGAGCAAGAAUGAUACAAUUGUCAAUCAUCUUCUCCAAGAGUGUAAUUUGAUUGGAAAAAUUCUUCAAACAGAUAAACAUCCCAUUGUUUGCAGUGAUCUAUACCAGCCAACAUUACCUGCUGCUGGGAGACAGACACCCCGUGCAGGAAACCUUGGGCACAUAACACGCAUUUCCAACAAGCUUGUUCAGUUGGCAAACAGCAACACCCACAUUCAGACAUUUCUUCAGGAGAAUAGUGAAUGGAACGAUUGGCAAACCACUGUGUUACAUGAGCGUAAUAUGGUGGAAAAUGUCUACCGAUGGGCUUGCGGGCGCCCGACGGCUUUGCAUGAUAGGACGAGGGAUAGCGAUGAGGAGGACCUUCAUGACAGAGAUUAUGAUGUAGCAGCUUUAGCAAAUAAUCUAAGCCAAGCAUUUAGAUAUAGUAUAUAUGAUAACGAAGAUACUGAAGAGGGCAAUAGGGCUCUUGAUCGAGAUGAUGAGGAUGUCUACUUCGAUGAUGAAUCUGCCGAAGUUGUGAUAUCAUCCCUCAGGCUAGGAGAUGACCAUGGGAGUUUGUUCACGAAUUCCAACUGGUUUGCAUUCCAAGAUGAUAGAAUUGGUGAUGCUCCUAUGAGCACAUCCCCCACGGAGGUGAUGGAUGAAAUUAACUUGAACGGGACAUCAACUAAUGGCAAUAGCAGUAGUGAUGAUGAGGUGGUGGUUGGAGAGGACGAGGAGUUGACUGAAAGCAAACCUCCUGCAAAUAGCACAUCAAGUCUCGACACAAAAAAUUUGAACGGAUUUGCCGGAAACAAUUCCACAAAUGGAGACUCAUCCGUUCCACAGAAUGAAAACCCAAGCGCUUCCGGUGACAUGAGUUUCUUACGAUUUGAGUCACCAGAGGAAGACCUGUUUGGAGACAGGCCUUUACCCGAAUGGGUGGGAUGGGGGGACCCAUCAGAUUUUCAAGUUGGUGGGUCCAGUGUAAAUCCAUUUGAAGAUCCUGAGAUUUCUAGCAUUAAUCUUGCUGAUCCAGCUGAUGAGGGAGCAGCAGCAAACGUUAGUUCUCCUUCUAGUGGAGAAAUCCUGCCAAAUGGCACUUCAACUGCUAUGGACUCGAGUGACGGGCCAUCGGUGGGACCCGAUCCCAGUCAAAGAGCUGCUCCGGUGCCGUCUUUGUUUGAAGAGGAUGUUGAAUUUGUUGGAGUGGAAUUAGAGGGCACUGAAAAGGCAAUGGAACAGGCUCUGAAGGAGGGGAUUGUCGGGGAAGCAGGGCCUUUGAAGAGGAACCUUGUGCCUAAGGUGCAAGGGAAGGAGAAUGAGGAUGAGAGCGGAUCGGGAAUGAAGGAAUUCAACGACUCCAACUAUUGGAGGGUUGAUCAAGAGGUUGCUGUUACAGAGUAAUGUUGGGUUUGAUAGGGUUUGGAAAACCUAAUCCCGAAAUUCGGGAUGGAUGGGACGACCAGCGGUCCCAUUUUUCUGUUGGUGAGGAGGGCUAACGCAGCAGACUUUAUGUACAGUAAUUUUGUUUCCGUUUCGAGUCGGAGAUUGGAUGGUAGGGUAUUUUAUGCUUUUACUAGUGUUCAUUAUUUGGUACACUUUAAAAAUGGUCUAUUAUUCUUUUUCUUUUCUUUUUUACACUUGUUAGUGGUUAUUAUUGUUACUUGUUCGUGGGGUUUCCUCAUUCCCGUUAUAGCAGUAUCUGUAUUCCUUUGUCGCUGGACCUGUAUCUGUCCCAUUGUUCAUUCCGAGAGGAACAGAAAAACACAAACCUAUCUCGAAUGCGUUUCAAGUCAUAUUUUGUCC